ACCCCAAGCUCGUUCAGGGGGCCAUCGUAAAGAACGAGGAGGCGUACAAGGACAAGAUCUACCUCUUCUUCCAAGAGGACAACCCGGAGUGGCCCAGGAACCCGGAGGCACUGAAGCGUGUCUCCAGGGUGGCUCAGCUGUGUGCGGGAGACGGAGGCGGUACCGGCGUCGUUUCCUCUGGCAAGUGGUCGACCUUCCUGAAAUCCACGAUGCACUGCUUCGACCAGAACACCGACCACCACUUCCAUCUCGUGCAAGACGUCUUCGUCGUCCACUCUGAGGAGUGGGCCGAAACGAAGAUAUACGGGCUGUUUUCGAACGAGUGGGGCUAUUCAGCCGUCUGCGUCUAUUCUGUCAGGGACAUCACGAAAAUCUUCGAAACCUCGCCUCUCUUAGGUUUCACUGGUGGAUUCCCGGGGGUGAGGCCCGGUCAGUGUAUCAAAGAAGGGAAGGCGACUCCUGCUUAUACCUACAAAGUGGCCAACAGUCACCCUGAAAUGGAGCACAAGGUGAAGCCAAGAAAGAUGUUAUUUCACAACAAGCAUCGCUACCAGAAAGUCGUGGUCCACUCAGUCCAGGCAGUAGAUAACCGGACGUACAACGUCCUUUACUUGGCUACAGAGAACGGAACCAUCCACAAGAUUGUGAAUUUAGCAGACGGCCCCAUCAAUAUCCUGGAGAUCCAACCUUUCCAAAUCCCUGCUGCUAUCCAGUCCAUGGUUUUGGACAGUACAAAGCAAUGGAGAAAUUCGUCGCAGUCUCUGACUUAUAAAGUCCCCCAAGACGUCUGUUCCCCUUCACUCCACAGUGAUGCAAAAGGAGAGUCUCAAGAGAAGACUUGUGCAGGAGUCCCCCUGCGGUCUCGCUACUAUCUGAACUGCUCCCUCGAAUCCCACCACGCCACGUACACCUGGGUCCACCGGAACAAAACCAUGGCCCACUGCGUCCACGGCGUGGAUCCCUGCACCCAUUUUAUUGACCAGAUUUCCAAAGACUCUGAGGGUGACUAUGAAUGCGUUUCCCGGGAGCACUGGUUCAAGCAGACGCUCGUAACUCAUUGUCUGACCGUAACGCCGCCUGGUGAUUGGAAGACGGUGCCACCAACCAGUGACCAGGUGGAGACUAAUUUCCGGAAAAGCGAACAGCCCGAUUUCUACAUGCGCGAACCGAAGGGGGUUCCCUCAAUGGGGCCACAAGGUAACCGGGCCGCCACAGCCCCGUUUUCAUUCUGGCUCGUACUACUGCAUGUGGUGGUGGUUUUUGUUCUCCUCAAAUGACGACCGACCCUCCCCGCCACCUCUAUCGAUACGGAUAACCACAUGACGCUUGUUGAGAUUCUGGGAUCUCUUAGGCUUGGACGAAAGUGUUUCCCGGACUCCCGAGGUGGCGAUGGAGAAGAAAUUCUCAUAUAUGGCGAGGGACCAGGAUACCG